AAACAUAAGCCAGUUAUCUGACCGAGUUGCUCGGGGCGUCGCGUCGCGGAACAAUGAUAUUCCAAGUGUUAUUAAUCUUGUGUGUUAUAUUAAUUUUAGUGCUGGUGACUAAAAAGAAUAAAUAUUGGAUAAAAAGAGGUUUAGUUCAAGAGGAUGGAAUUUUCUGGAGGUUUAUUUUUGGAGAUCGCUCAUUAGCGGAGUACUGUAAGGAGACAUACGACAAAUAUAAGGAAGAACACAUUGGUUUGGACUUCGGAUCUACGCCUACCUUGAUGGUGAAGAAUCUUGACGAUAUAGCAUCAGUUCUCGCUGGUGAUUUCCAAAGUUUUCACCAUCGUGGUAUAUUUUUGAACAAAAACGAUUUAUUGGCCGAUAACAUUUUGUUCAUUGGAGAUUAUCCCAGAUGGAAGAUUCUGCGCCAAAAAUUAACACCAGUGUUUACGAGUUUACGACUCAAAACUAUGUUUUACAGUAUAGACAAAUGUGCGCAGGAUUUUGUUGAUUUAAUCGAAAGUGAUGAGAAGUUACGAGAAAAACCUUUUAAUAUUUUAUAUUCAUACACAACGUCGUCCAUAGGAGCAGCGAUAUUUGGGAUAGACACUAGGGGCCAAAACGCAAUGGAUUCGCCUUUAUUAAACAUGGCAUGGAAAGUUCUCAAACCAUCAUUUUUCACACACAUGACAUUUUUUAUAAGCAGUUUAUCUCCAACCUUAUUCAAAAUGUUGCAACUCCGACUUUUUGGCGAGUACGAAGAUUUCUUUAUUGGUACUGUAAAACGUGUUUUUGAGUCGCGUCGCAAUGCUGAAAAACGAAAUGAUUUUAUUGACGUAUGUUUGGAGCUACAGAAGAAUGGAAUAAUGUCGGAUCCAAAUACGGGAUAUGAAUUAGAACCUACUGAUGAAUUACUGGCUGCUCAGGCCUUUUUCUUCUUCAUGGCGGCUGACACUACAGCCAACGCAAUACAUUUUAGUUUAUUAGAGUUGGCAGCAAAUCCAACAAUUUUAGCUAAACUCCACGACAACAUAGACAAUGUAUUUAAAGACGGCAAAACUGAACUCACGUUUGAAGAUUUAGACAAACUGCAUUACAUCGACAUGGUUGUAAAUGAAGCAAUGAGAAAAUAUCCACCAAUUGGCCUGAUACAAAGACUUUGCACUAAAAACACUGCAUUACCUAGUAAUAAUAUGCAAAUUGAGCGUGGCACAGAAAUUUUGAUACCGGUAUAUGCCAUCCAUCGAGAUGAGAAUCUGUUUCCAAAUCCAGACUUGUUUGAUCCGGAAAGAUUUACACCAGACAGAGUUAAAGAUAUGGAAAACUACAGUUAUAUGGCGUUCGGUGGAGGAAAUCGCAUUUGCAUUGGUGUCAGGUUCGCUCGUCUGCAGGUAAAGGCCUGUUUAGCUCGACUCCUGAGCAAAUUCACCCUUAAAGAACAAGCAUACGAGCCAAAACGGUUUGAAAGGAGCUCUUUUAGUCUACGCGAUGCUGAUGCUAAGUACGAGCUUGUGCCACGAAAUAUAAAUAAGUAAAUAUAUUAUUUAAAAAACUGUAAAUGACAUUACGUUCAUAAAUAAAACCAUAUACUAGUA